CCUGCCAGGGACCUUAGCAACAAGGGAGGGAGGGAGGGAGGAAGACAACGGAGCACGCGCGGCUGCGCCUGCGCUUUCGUCCAUCUCCCGCUCUCCGCAGCCCCAGCUUCAGCAGCAGCCUGUCUCGGUGCAGGGGAUGGUCUCUUCCGGUUCAUGUCGGAGCAGAGGAAGCCGGGCGGCCAUCUUGGAUCAUCUGGGAGCGGCGGCGCUGCUGCUGCUGCUGGCUGGAGGGGAGAGGAGGGGGGUAGGAAAGAAGGAAACCCGCUUUGGUGGUGGGGAAGAAAGGGUCUUUCCUACACGCACGGAGCGCGGCCUGGGGGCUCUACAAGACCUCGCUGGGGAGCUGCGGAAGAAGGGCCUGCUCUUUUUUCUCUCUUCUUUUUGCGGGGUGGUGGUGGUAGUAGCUGAGGCGGCUCAAGUAACUGGGACUUCUGCUUGAGAAGAAGAAAGAGGAGGGUAGAGAUUUAAAAAAAACAUGAGAGCUGAGGCCCGGUGAAGCGGGCUUGGUGCCGGGGAGAGAGGUUGAGGGACGCGGGUGCCUUCCCUGGAGCAGCCUCGAGCGGCCCGCUUUGCUUCUUCCUCAGUGGAGUGCCUGAGAGAGGACUGGGGGAGGCGCAGCAAGCAGGUUUUAUUCUGCCCCCCAAUACACUCCGGUUCAUUCUCGUACUUGGGACUCUGUUGCUGUAGCGCCCUUUGCCUCUGCUCGUCCGCAGCCCCAUCCCUCCUUGUAAACUGCUGGUGUCUCCUCAUCUCCCUCCCCCUAAUCCCAGCCCCUUCUAACACAGGCACAUUUCUCUCUCUCCCUCCCCCCUUUUUUGCACUCCAUGAGAAUCCCUAUCCUCUUUAAUCCCCUGCCGCCACCUUCUAAGGAUCCUAAUCUGUCUGUAGGAUGAUCCCCGAAGACUCCCAGGAGGAUACAAUGUUCCAUUAUCAAACUGGAAUAUAGAUGAAAAAGAGGGGUCGUGGUGGAGAAGGAAAUAAGUCAAAUUUCCCUCCCCACACUCCCCUUUUCUUGAUGGUGGUACUACUUCAUAACCACUACCAUGCAGUUAAAACGCAUUUUUUGGUAAAUAUAUAUUUGUGGGGAGGAGGGUAUUAGGAUUUUUAAAAUUUUUAUAUAAUAUAGCUGGAUUUUGCCAUCACAAACGGUGCUUCAGCACAAGCGAAUGAAAAUGUCCACUAGAACUCCGCUGCCUACGGUGAAUGAACUGCCCACGGUGAAUGAAAAUGAUACCGGAACAGCAAUAGGGGAAAGCUUUUCUGAAAAGCACACUUCUCAUGGCGAAGGACGACAGGAAGUUCCCCCUCGAACUAGUCGCUCUGGGGCCCGCUGUAGGAAUUCUAUAGCUUCCUGUGCAGAUGAGCAACCCCAUAUUGGGAAUUACCGGCUUCUUAAAACGAUUGGAAAGGGGAAUUUUGCAAAAGUCAAACUGGCCAGACACAUUCUUACUGGCAGAGAGGUUGCAAUAAAAAUAAUUGACAAAACUCAGUUGAAUCCGACUAGUCUACAGAAGUUGUUCAGGGAAGUAAGGAUAAUGAAGAUUUUAAAUCAUCCCAAUAUAGUUAAAUUAUUCCAAGUAAUUGAAACUGAAAAAACACUUUACCUAAUCAUGGAGUAUGCAAGUGGAGGAGAGGUAUUUGACUAUCUAGUUGCACAUGGAAGAAUGAAGGAAAAGGAGGCAAGAGCUAAAUUUAGACAGAUAGUAUCAGCAGUGCAGUAUUGCCACCAAAAGCAUAUUGUUCACAGAGAUCUCAAGGCUGAAAAUCUAUUGCUUGAUGCAGACAUGAACAUUAAAAUAGCCGAUUUUGGUUUUAGCAAUGAGUUUACAGUUGGAAAUAAACUGGACACAUUUUGUGGCAGCCCUCCAUAUGCUGCUCCAGAACUCUUCCAGGGCAAGAAGUAUGAUGGACCUGAAGUAGAUGUUUGGAGCUUAGGUGUCAUUCUUUACACUCUUGUGAGCGGAUCUUUGCCUUUCGAUGGGCAGAAUCUAAAGGAACUGAGAGAGAGAGUGCUGAGAGGGAAAUACAGGAUCCCGUUCUACAUGUCAACAGACUGUGAAAACCUCCUAAAGCGUUUCCUGGUGCUAAACCCAACUAAAAGAGGCACUCUUGAGCAAAUUAUGAAGGACAGAUGGAUCAAUGCAGGGCAUGAGGAUGACGAACUUAAGCCUUUUGUUGAGCCAGAGCUAGACAUCUCGGACCAGAAGAGAAUAGACAUCAUGGUUGGAAUGGGAUAUUCUCAAGAAGAAAUACAAGAAUCUCUUAGUAAAAUGAAAUAUGAUGAAAUCACUGCUACAUACUUGCUACUGGGGAGGAAGUCAUCAGAGUUGGAUGCCAGUGACUCAAGCUCCAGCAGCAACCUUUCACUGGCAAAAGUCAGGCCAAGUAGCGAUCUCAACAACAGUACUGGUCAGUCUCCACAUCACAAAGUACAGAGAAGUACAUCUUCCAGCCAGAAGCAACGACGGUACAGCGACCAUGCUGGUCCAUCUGUUCCUCCAGUAGUGGCAUAUCCAAAAAGAAGUCAAACUAGCACUACAGAUAAUGACCUCAAAGAAGAAGGAAUCCAAUCACGGAAACCCAGCAGCAGUACCGCUGGAGGAAGAGGAAUUGCUCCUGCUAGCCCUAUGCUUGGGAAUGCCAGCAAUCCAAAUAAGGCUGAUAUUCCUGAGCGUAAGAGAAGCUCUGCUGCACCCAAUAACAACACUACACCUGGAGCCAUGACACGGCGAAAUACUUACGUCUGUAGUGAAAGAACAACUGCAGACAGGCACUCAGUCAUUCAAAAUGGCAAAGAGAGCAGCACUAUUCCUGAUCAAAGGACUCCAGUUGCUUCAACUCACAGCAUCAGCAGUGCAACAACACCUGACCGCAUCCGUUUCCCAAGAGGAACCGCCAGUCGUAGCACUUUCCAUGGCCAGCUCAGAGAACGGCGCACAGCUACUUACAACGGACCCCCUGCGUCACCCAGUCUGUCUCAUGAAGCAACACCACUUUCGCAGACACGAAGUAGGGGCUCCACUAACCUGUUCAGUAAAUUGACUUCAAAGCUGACAAGAAGAAACAUGUCAUUCAGGUUUAUCAAAAGGCUCCCAACUGAAUAUGAGAGGAACGGGAGAUAUGAGGGCUCCAGCCGUAACGUUUCGGUUGAUUCGAAGGAUGACAACAAGGAAGCCAAGCCCCGUUCGCUACGAUUCACUUGGAGCAUGAAGACCACCAGCUCCAUGGAUCCAAACGAUAUGAUGAGGGAAAUCCGUAAGGUCUUGGAUGCCAAUAACUGUGACUAUGAACAGAGGGAACGUUUCUUACUUUUCUGCGUCCAUGGAGACGGCCAUGCAGAAAACCUUGUGCAGUGGGAGAUGGAGGUCUGUAAACUGCCAAGACUGUCACUGAAUGGAGUUCGCUUCAAAAGGAUAUCGGGAACAUCCAUAGCUUUUAAAAACAUUGCUUCCAAAAUUGCCAAUGAAUUAAAGCUGUAAUGAGAAGAGCAAUCAAGUUUGUAAAUUUAAAGUAGCAAUUUCAGGUGUUUUUUUGAGAACACCAUGGAAAUGUAUAGAAUAAUAUUUAGGGCAAUAAUUUCUGCAUCUUUUGAAUCAUGAUAUUAAAACAGUUGAGGCAAACUGCUAAGCUGGAAGGGAGAGUUGGACUUUUUUAUAUAUGUGCACUACAGCAUUAAAGUUGCCUACUAUGUAAAAUA